CACAUUGAGGGUGUGUCUCCCUCACUCUCUCAAUGCGAAAUAAUAGACUGCAGCCUUGUGCUCAACUCUGCUCUUUCCCGCUCGUACUCCAAUCUCACUAAUCACGUUAUGUUGGCGGUUUAGCUAAGGGUGCGAAGGAGGCACCAGAGUUCAAAGUUGUUGCUGUGUUAAUUUGUUUCUGUGUUGGUAGAUUUGUGUGUUCAAUUUGCCUUUGAAAAGAACGGGAGAGUUGUCACUGGAUUAAGUUGUAUUUGUCGCUAUGGGAGACGUGAUUUCGAGCCACCUGGAUGAGGGCAAACGGGAGAUCAUUACAGCCAGAACAGGCGAGGUGAUUGGAGAGUUUAGCCGUCUGUAUGAGCAACAGUAUGCAGUGGCCCUUUUCAACAAGGUCCGCUUUGACAUCGAGGGAGGAGGUGGGCCCCAGCCACAGCUACUGCACCGCAAGGUUCCUCUGGAGAAUAGAUCCAUCUUCUCUGGAGCUCUGUUCCAGUUUCUGGAGGAGAACAAUAAAUGGAGAAACCACUUCAUCUUCGUUCCUGACUCCUACACUAUCAACUACUAUGACAACAAAGCGUCUCACGAGAGAGGGCUUCACCCCAAAGGACACAUCAACUGUGCUGGGUACAAAGUGCUGACUUCAAUGGAUCAAUACCUGGAGCUGCUCAACAACAGCCUGCCUGGUGUAAAGGCUAAAGUGGGUAACUCUCCCUUCCUGAAGUGUGCCACCCAGUUCCCCCUGAUCCUGUGGCACCCGUACGCCCGCCACUACUACUUCUGUGUGGUGACUGAGAAAGAGCAGCAGAAGUGGCAUGCAGUCUUUCAGGACUGUGUAAGACAUGCCAAUGAUGGUUUAUCAGAGGAGAGCCAGGUGCAGACUCCGGCCUUCACAGACGCAGUGAGGCUCUACCGCCAAGCCCACGGGCAGUAUGGCACCUGGGAGAUGAUGUGUGGGAUCCCCUCACAGAUUCUGGCCAACCUGGUGAUGGAGACUCUUCUCCCUGAGCUCAGGGAUCUGAUCUCCCCUCGACUCAAAGGCAAAAUGCAUGACAGGCAGAGGAACUGGAUGCUAGUCUGUGACGCGGUGUAUGGUCUGGUGGUGAGGCAGGCCCAGGCCCAGUACGAGGCUGUGGUGCAAAGCUGUGAGGCCCGACGCUCUCCUCUAGAGGCCUCCAUACGCACAGACAUGGACCAGAUCAUCACCUCCAAGGAGCACGUCGCCAACAAAAUCAAAGCGGUGGUGCUGCCCAAGGCAGAGAAACUGCUGACGGUUAGUAUCCAGCCCUACAUCAGCUCUAUCCUGGAGGCCCUGAUGGAGCCCACCAGCCGAGGCUUCUCUCAGGUCAGAGACGUCUUCUUCAGAGAGCUGGUGGACUUGAGCAAGAACACACUGAACGACGCCACCAAGGAGAAAGUGGGAGAGCACAUGGACAAGAUCUCUAUGCUGGCGUUCCACCCGGUGAAGAUGCAGAGCUGCUAUGAGAAAGUAGAGGACCUGAGUCUGGAUGGCCUGCAGCAGAGGUUCGAUGUCUCCAGCCCCUCUGUGUUUGUCCAGAGAGCACAGAUUCUCAUGAGAGAGCAAAUGGACGAUGCCGUAUACACGUUUGAGCAGAUCCUCCACCAAAGUCUGGAGGACCAGGGACCAGAGGGGCUCUGUAAGAACAUCCAACGCUGCCAGGACCGGGUCAUCAAAAAAUUUGACUAUGACAGCAGCACAGUCCGGAAGAGGUUCUUCAGAGAGGCUCUUCUUCAGAUCUUCAUCCCUUACAUGCUGAAGCAGCUCACUCCCUCUUUAUCCCCUGAGCUGCCUCGUUUCCAGGAGCUGAUCUUCGAGGACUUUUCUCGUUUCAUCCUGGUGGAGAACAUCUUUGAGGAGGUGGUGUUGCACUCGGUCAUGAAGGACAUCAUGAUGGCUGUCAAGGAGGCAGCAGUCCAGAGAAGACACAACCUUUACAGGGACAGCAUAGUGCUGACCAGCAGUGAUCCCAACCUCCACCUGCUGGGGGAUAACCCUGCCAUCGACUGGGCUGGGGAGUAUGGGACAGGACAGGAAGAGGUGGAGACUGGGGACAGCACAGGAGGGGUGGCCCAGAGGAGGCGCAGGAUGAAGCAGGUAGUCUCUAUGAUCCAGCUGGAUGGCUCUCCCAUCCUGGAGUCCCGUCUGGACAUCCCCAUGGUGGACAGCAUUCCUGAGGAGGGAGUAGACCAGGACACCGAUGCCCUCUCAUCUCCAGAGAGUGUCCACCAGGAACCAGCCAAAGUUAAUGGAACCAGUCUGAAAGGAAAGAGAAAGGCCCCUCCUCCUCCAGUCCAGCCAGAGAACAUUCCUUCCCCUGCCCUAAUCAAUGGCUCUGUCCUAGAAGGUGAGCCGGCGACAAUCUUGAGUGAGGCCCCAGAGAUACAGACCAAAAUCUCAGAAGAUUUACCCGAGGAAGCUGAGUGUGCGAUGAAGUCCCCAGAGGCUAAGAGCUUUUUACACGACCCUGAGAGCACAGCGUCAGCCAUCGAGAACGCCAUACGGGAGAUUGACAAUGCAGUACAGGGAGAGGACAGCGAGCCAGCUGUGGAGAUAACUGUACUGGAGGCAGUGGCAGAAGUUUCACCCUCAAGCCAGGAUAGUGUACCCUUCAGCAAAAAGGAGGAAUCUUUAAAACCAAUUCAGCAGGAGGCUCUGGCACCAACAGCUUUUAGCCAAGAGGAAAGCACUCCUUCCAGUUUAGAGGAGGUAUCGUCCUCACUCUCUGCUCAGACUGGGGUAGCAGCAACACCUGUAGCAAAAGAGGAGAUCCCCACACCAACAACCCUGGACAGCAAGCAAGUCCCUGCAGCCAUACCAACAGAAAUGCCUAAAGCCAUACCAACAGCCCUGGAGACGGAGCAAGACCCUGUCCCAGGACCAAUGCCAGGGGAGCUAGAGAGCACUUCAGUAGUCAGACCAGAGUUGGAACAGGCCACAGUGGAUUUGGACUCCCUGUCCCCGCCACACAACAGUGGCUUCCAGUCUCUCACCAGUGAGGCAGUGAAGAAGGUGGAGGAUGCUGCCCCCAGUACAGAGGGGCCAGAGGCAGUAGAGGUGGUCCCUGAGGCAGGGGGUGAUGGAGUGACUGUGGUCCAGUAGGGAACAGCAGAGCGAGUGACUGGCCCAGUAGGGAACAGAAGCACAGAACAAUGACUCUGAGACCAGAAAGGAGGAGAAGGACUCCAGGAAGGCAGAGAGUCAGUGAGGAAUUUGUCCUCGUUUAGGCUGUAUGCUAGCAUUGAUUUAGAUGUGUUUUUUUUCUGAAGACAGGCAUAUUAUACUAUAUUAACCUAAUCUCACAAAAGCAUAGACAAUUUAAUACAUGGAAAAUGGUUGGUAUACAGUAGUUUUUCCAUUAGAUCAACUGAUUUGGUUUACACCUUCAAGAUAAUUCUAAUAAGUUCUAAACUUUUUUUUGUUGUACUAAUAUUAUCUACCAAUACUAAAUCAGUCUGUACCUUAGGUGGGGCUCAAGUACAACUUGAUUGUCUCUUGUUUUCGUGUUGUUUCUAUAUUUUGACAGACAUUCCAACUGAUAAAGCAUGUGCAUUCCAUUCAACCCACAUUCCAUUUGAUAACAUGUACAAGUUUGUAUUGCAUUGCAUUACAUCCACACAAGGGGAACUCAUUCCAUGAUCCUUUUUUUAGUAUAUAUUCACUGUGUAGUGAAUGAUGAGGACGAUUGAAGGACCCAGUUGUCCUCGUCAUGGUGUUCUGUAAAUAUGAAAUCGCACAAUUCAGGUGCUGUUCUUGGUUGGGUAUACAAAAUCUUAGACACCUUCCUAAUAUUGAGUUGCACCCCCUUUCCCCUCAGAACCGCCUCAAUUCGUUGGGUCAUGGACUCUACAAGGUGUCAUGCGUUCCACAGGGAUGCUGGCCCAUGUUGGCUCCAGUGCUUCCUACAGUUGUCAAGUUGUUUUGGGUGGUAGACCAUUCAUGAUACACACAGGAAACUGUUGAGCGUGGAAAAACCCAGCAGCGUUGCAGUUCUUGACACAAAUCGGUGCGCCUGGCACCUACUACCACUUCCUGCUCCAAGAUGCUUAAAUCUGGUCUUGCUCAUUUACCCUCUAAAUGGCACACAUCCACAAUCUGUCUCAAGGCUUAAACAUCCUUCUUUAAUCUGUCUCCUCCCCUUCAGCUAUACCGAUUUGAAGAGGAUUUAACAAGUGACAUCAAUAAUUGAUCAUAGCUUUCACCUGUAUUUACCUGGUCAUUUUGUCAUGGACAGGACAGGUGUCCUUAAUGUUUUAUACACCGUGUAUAAUGUUCAGUGGCAUCAUUGAUUUGUUUAAAGUUUGCUUAGUAAACCCUCUGAUCUGCACUGCUGCUCCACCAGUUGGUUUAACCCUGAAUCUACAUCCUGUCUAGCGUGCUUCUUACCCAUGGUGUUAAAUUGUAUUUCGAUUGGACCACGGGUGUACAAAGCUAGAGCUAGCCAUAGCGAAAUAAAAAUCUUGAGUAUUUACUCCAUAGAUUCAAUGACCAAUAUGUCCUUGUUAUCUUAUUGGUGUUUGUAUGUCCCACUACUUUCAUACAGUUGCUCUGUGAAGUUUCCUGUCAGUUUAAUAUGUCUUAUUAUCAGAGGAUUUCAAAUACUUUUGUAAUCGUGCAUCAGUCUUCAAUAAUCUUGUGGGAUAUUUGAUGGAAAGGUGCCUGGGAAUCGAGCAAUCCUGUCUCAUGGAAUACUGGAAAACAUUGCAUUUUCUAUUUCAAAUUGCCAUUUAAAUCUGUCAAACAUAAUGAUAGACACAACUGUUCUGUUAUAUCAUGGCAUGGAAAUCAUAGCAAAAUACAACAUCAAAUGAGUAAUGCUAUUUGAUAUGUUGUCCUUAAUAUUUUACAAUGUAUUAUUGAUAUGACUGGGAAUACCUCAGUUCUGAAUGGUUCCUAACAGAAAAGGCCUCUGUACAUACAGUACUAAAUACAUUGUUGGCCCUUUUCACCACCAUAGUCCUUCGUUUUGCAAAGACUAUAGUACAAAUUACAUAUCUUCAGUGCCUUCAUUGAUAUACAUGUCCCCCCCCAUUUUUCCCCCUUCUAUUUAUUAUGUAUUGCACACUGCCUUAUGUCCCCAACCCACACUGCCUUAUGUCCCCAACCCACACUGCCUUAUGUCCCCAUCCCACACUGCCUUAUGUCCCCAACCCACACUGCCUUAUGUCCCCAACCCACACUGCCUUAUGUCCCCAACCCACACUGCCUUAUGUCCCCAACCCACACUGCCUUAUGUCCCCAACCCACACUGCCUUAUGUCCCCAACCCACACUGCCUUAUGUCCCCAACCCACACUGCCUUAUGUCCCCAACCCACACUGCCUUAUGUCCCCAACCCACACUGCCUUAUGUCCCCAACCCACACUGCCUUAUGUCCCCAACCCACACUGCCUUAUGUCCCCAACCCACACUGCCUUAUGUCCCCAACCCACACUGCCUUAUGUCCCCAACCCACACUGCCUUAUGUCCCCAACCCACACUGCCUUAUGUCCCCAACCCACACUGCCUUAUGUCCCCAACCCACACUGCCUUAUGUCCCCAACCCACACUGCCUUAUGUCCCCAACCCACACUGCCUUAUGUCCCCAACCCACACUGCCUUAUGUCCCCAACCCACACUGCCUUAUGUCCCCAACCCACACUGCCUUAUGUCCCCAAC